CGGGCGUCAGUGGCCAUGGCGGAUACAGCGACCACAACCUCGGCGGCGGCGGCCAGUCCUGCAAACGCUUCCACCGAUGCUCCCCCUUUCCAGCUGGGCAAGCCUCGCUUCCAGCAGACAUCCUUCUACGGUCGCUUCAGGCACUUCUUGGACAUCAUUGACCCUCGAACACUCUUUGUCACUGAGAAACGUCUCCGAGAGGCUGUGCAGCUGCUGGAGGACUACAAGCAUGGCACCCUACGUCCAGGAGUUACCAAUGAGCAGCUCUGGAGUGCACAGAAAAUCAAACAGGCUAUCCUACACCCGGACACCAAUGAGAAGAUCUUCAUGCCUUUCAGAAUGUCAGGUUACAUUCCUUUCGGGACGCCAAUUGUGGUGGGUCUUCUCUUGCCCAACCAGACGCUGGCAUCCACUGUCUUCUGGCAGUGGCUGAACCAGAGCCAUAACGCCUGUGUGAACUAUGCAAACCGCAACGCUACCAAGCCUUCACCUGCAUCCAAGUUCAUCCAGGGCUACCUGGGGGCUGUCAUCAGUGCUGUCUCCAUUGCUGUGGGCCUUAAUGUGCUGGUUCAGAAAGCCAACAAGUUCACCCCAGCCACUCGCCUUCUUGUGCAGAGAUUCGUGCCCUUCCCUGCAGUAGCCAGUGCCAAUAUCUGCAACGUGGUCCUGAUGCGGUAUGGGGAGCUAGAGGAAGGGAUUGAUGUCCUGGAUGCUGAUGGCAACCUCGUGGGCUCCUCAAAGAUCGCAGCCAGACAUGCCCUGCUGGAGACAGCACUGACACGUGUGGUCCUGCCUAUGCCCAUCCUGGUGCUUCCCCCGAUCGUCAUGUCCAUGCUGGAGAAGACGGCUCUCUUGCAGGCACGCCCGCGGCUGCUCCUCCCUGUGCAGAGCCUCGUGUGCCUGGCAGCCUUCGGCCUGGCCCUGCCACUGGCCAUCAGCCUUUUCCCGCAGAUGUCAGAGAUUGAAACUUCCCAGUUGGAGCCUGAGAUAGCCCGGGCUACAAGCAGCCGCACAGUGGUGUACAAUAAGGGGCUGUGAGUGAAGAUCAGCCGGCCUGGAAACACAGCACUAUCCAGGCCGGAUGUUCGGGGUGGGGAAGGAGUCUCAUGGGCUAUUUCUGCAGGGAGGGGCUGCCUGGGAAGCAGUCAACCUCCAGCAGUAGGGAGACUAACCAUUCACAUUUUAACAUAGGGGAGAGGAAUUCUGACACAUUUCCUACACAAAAAGAAUCAAGUGCAUCUCCGGGCCUUACAUGGGAUCGUCUCAACUCCACUCAGCACAAUUCCGUGUGAGCUGAAGAACUGUAGAGUGCUCCUGGGGUAGAAUUAGGAUCCUUUUAUAUGUUGCUCUUUUUUGUUUGUUUGUUUUAAUUUUUUUUAUUAGAAGCAAGUCUGAGCCUUGGUUGCAGCUGACCAGAAGUGGCAGGUGGACAUGUGGAGGGAGCCAGAGGAGCCUGGGAACUGGGUUGGAUUGAUGGACAGAAAGCGUAAUGGCUAGGCCCGAUGGGCCCCUGGGUUAGAGAAGGGAAAAGGGGGGAGGUGGUCUGCACCCCACAAGAUGAACUAGCCAUAAUCAAGGUUCUCAGGAAUUGGCUCGCUUGUUCAAGGAGCACUAGAGACCUCUGGAAGGUUCCGGGAGCAGCGGGCUCUGAGUGUAGCCAGCUCCUGUCCACACCACAGUGGAGUGAAAAUCGGUGACCUCAGGCAUAGGUCAUCUUUUAUGGAGCUCUUAUGGAUUCUAGGCCCCUGAGGGCACCCCAGCUCUAUUCAGGGAGCCUCACAAGGGAACAUUGUUUUGUGUGAACAAGAAGAGGAGCCCAUCUAGGCUCUGGGGAAGGUUCUUUUCCAAGAGUAGCUAGAGUUUUAUACUGGGACAAAGGUGGGCUGAGCCCGCUGCAGUCCAGUCUGUAGCCAUGACACUGUCUGUCACAUCCCACACCUUCCUCCAUGGGAGAGUCUCCUGCUUGAGGGUACAAGGCCAGAACCCUGGCAACUGCCUGAGAGGUAGUGUCAUCCCAGUUCUGACACGGGCAGGCUCUGUGGCGGAUGGACAAGCCACCCACAUCUCUGAGCUUCCAUCUCCUGCCUGGGAGCAAACGGCCAAAGUGAGCUUCCCACCAGGCCUUUGACUCCUCUCUGCCUGACUCACUCAGAUGCUGCACAUUCCAAGCAUGUCUCUAAGGUGGAUUCUGGUCCAGAAAAUGCAGUAAGCCCCUCUGGAAAUGACCAGCACUUGGCCUCAAAAAAGGACCUUGCCCUUCUGUAUGUGACCCCCACAUCCUGGAAGACCUUGACUUGUGCCAAAUACUUCGUGGCUGUGGACGAGAUAGUAUGGAUGCCCGAGACAAGCAUGGGCUAUCAGUCCACGCACCACCUCUCACUGCUGCAGACUCGGAGGCCUCUUUGCUGCUGGCUCCUGACUCCACCUCAUUUGUAGGCCAUAGAGAAAGAGAUAGCUCUAUCUAAGGAGGGAGGGUCUGGGUGGGGAUGAGUGGGGUGACUCCUGAUCCGAAAGAUCCACAGAAAGGAGGCACUCUGUUCUUCACACGGCCCUCAUCUGAUCCUACUAGAAUGGGAGCCCUGCCUUGUGACCCUGGAACCUCCCUCUGGUGACUCUGGAGGGGGCUGAAGGUGAACAUGUAUGGUUGCAGGAAAAGCCUGUCACAGGGCAUCAAGGACAAGGCCACAGGUGGCCUGCCACAGUCUUAAGACGAUGUGGCUGCAGUGAGGUGUGUCUGCCAUGGGCAUUGGCACCAUGGUCUCCAGACCUUGACUGCGACUAGAUCGUCUGGAGCCUCUUUUGAAAAGUGCAUUCCCAGCUCUCUCUGCCCCCAUUUAUCAUGGAGCCUUGUCCUUAUGUAUUUUAUCUUGGGACCAAAACUGCCCUCACCCAGCGCUGCCUCCCCAGAGGUUCCGCGGACCAGGGCCUCUUCCAGCUUUCCCUCUGUACUGGCUGUCACUGUACUGGCCUCAGCAUCCCUCAUCGGUUUGCUUUGUGUGUGGAGGUGAUUUCUACCACACUCCUAAAUCCAAGCCCAGGUGAGCUGAGGGAGCAGCUCCUUUGGGUAUGCAGUGGCAAACGGUCCUUGUAGUUUGGGGUGAUGGUGACUGAGGGUAUUGAGCCAUGCUGCUAAACCCUGUUCUGACUUCAUAAAAUCCACAAGGGAAGCUUUCUGUGAGUGCAAAUGCCCCUAUCUGCUGAGGCUAGAGGAAGCCGGCCAGGAGGAAAAGGGGCGCAGAUGAACUCUCAUUGGAUCUAGUUCUGCCAGCAGUCGGAGUAUAUCUGCAGCAGGCUGUCUAGCCCUGCUGUUCCCGGCCACCUCUCCUGGGUUCUUUAAACAUUCCCUAAGGCUCCAAGGAUGCUCUUUCAUCUCUGGAAAGCAAUUUGAGAGUGCAGGAACCAAAAGUCCAAGAUGCCAAGAUGACCACCGAAUCGGGACGUCUGUACACUCUGUCGCUUCCUGACUGUGGAUGUCUUCUGUCUGAAGCCUCUGGCCUGGGGAA